AUGUCAUUCCGUGAACUUCGUAAUUUAACCGAAAUGAUGCGAUCACUUGGAUAUCCACGCCCAAUCUCAAUGGAAAACUUUCGUCUUCCCAAUUUUGAAUUAGUUUCCGAUCUUCUUUACUGGAUGGUGAAAAAAUACGAGCCAAGUGCAAAUGUAAGCGAAGAAAUUGAUACAGAAGACGAUCGUGUUGAGUUUUUAACGCAAGUGACUGUAGAAGUUCUUGCGAAAGCUCACAUUCGUUUAAAUCCAAAGAAAUUAUACGCAGCUGAUGGAUUUGCUGUGAAAGAAUUAUUGAAACUUGCUCAAGUGUUGUAUGAAGCUUCUCGAAUUGAUUUCAACACAGCACAAGAAGUUGAUGAUGAUGAAGAUGAGAGUUCAAUGAAAUCUUUGCUUGGAUCACGAAUAAAAGAUCCAAAAGCUACACGACAACUUGGUUCAGAUCUUACACAAGCGGGUGCGAAACUUUAUGAUCUGUUAGAAACCGAACUGGAUGUUCGAGAAGUACGACAACAGGCACUUCGUUUUUUAGAUGCUUUAGCUACAACUUCCGAACAUUCAAAGGAACAAAAGUAUCUUGAACGAAGUAUUCAAGAGAUUCUUGUGACAUUACAAGAUAAUGUUGAAAGGACGGAACGCCAAGUUGUGGAAUUAGAUGCUGAAGAGAAAGCUUUAGCAACUAAAAUUCAAAAAGCACACACUGAUCUUGAACGAAGUGAAAAGCGUUUAAAGAGUUUACAACAUGUGCGUCCAGCGUUUAUGGAUGAAUAUGAAAAGCUCGAGAUGGAGCUUGAACGACAGUAUGCAAUUUAUUGCGAACGUUUUCGUAAUCUUGAUUAUCUACAACGUGAGUUAGAAUUACACAAAAGUCGGGAAUUAAAGCAGUUGGUUGAAAACGAUCGAUCAUUGAAAAAACUUCACAAGAAAUUUCGAGAUGAUGAACUUGCGAUUUUACGUGGAGAACAAGAUGAACAGAUGGAGAAUUCCAUAGUUGAGAAGAUGGAUAAGAAUCGACGUCAUGGAGACGAAAGAAAUGGAACGAAUCAACGAGAAGAAAGUGAUUUGAACGAUUCAGAUGAAGAGAGUUUAGAUGAACCAAGUGGUAGUAGUGAAGAAGAGAAUUCAAGUGACGAGAGUCUUGAACAUCGUGACAAUGUACCAAGUGGAUCAGACUCGGAUCAAGUUUCUCUUGCAGAUUCAGGUGAGCUCAUUGAUCAAGAUGAAGACUCCGAAUCAAGAUCUGAAGUCUCAGGUUCAGGAGUCUCGGGCUCGGAUACCAACUCGGACUCUUCAGAUCAAGAUUUUUAA